CUCAAGAAAUUCAGAAUAAAAAGAACAGACCUUGAUUCAUGGCAUCUCUUUACGUCACUUUCAGUGCUCUUCAUAUCCCGAUUGCUUGUGCAGAAAAUUCAAAGUUGUGCUUAGCGUAGGUGUUAAAUAUCAAAGCAACCAUGCUGAGAUCACGUCUUGCUAGUGUGCCAAAAACUGUUAAACGUAGCAUCAGCACCAACAUCCCUGCUUUGCAGAAAGUUAGCGAUCCCAUACAACAGCUCUUCCUUGACAAACUUCGGGAAUACAAGUCAAAAAGCGUAGAAGGGAAAUUAGUUGACCCCAGUCCAGAAAUUACAAAAGAAUGGGAAUCCGAAUUGGACAAAAUCAAAGGGCAAUAUGGCGGUGGUCCAGGAGUAGAUAUGGCACAAUUUCCUCAGUUUAAAUUUGAAGAUCCACCUGUAGACACGGGUAAAAAAAAGUGAAUGUAUACGUCAGUAUGUAUUAUAGAACAUUCAUGUACUGUUGAACUAUUAAAUAUUAAGUAAUUCACCAUAAAAAUACAUAUGCUAUAAAUUA